CGCAUCGUAUAUAUAUUUAUUUCCAUAGUUCAAAAACGACCUCUGCAUGUAAACCAACUUCAAAUCGUUUCGAAUAUUCAAUGCUCUCUGUUUUUCAUUAUGCGAUAUUUUGACAAUGUUUUUUUAUAAUAUUUAUGAAUAUAAUUCAUAAAUUAAUACAAAAGUUAAACUUUUAAUGAAUUCGUUGUAACGUGCCAAUCAAAUAUAUUAUAUUUUGCAAUGGCCUCCAAUGAUGGAAUUCCACCACCUGCCGCAGUACCUGGAUUUCCACCGGCAACACCUAAUAUGACAUCUGGCUUUGUACCGCCUAUUAUGCCUGCAGCAUCUUUUAUUCCUCCUCCUAGUUUACCGCCUGGUCCACCAGGGAUAAUGCCACCUCAGUUUUCUAUUCCUCCACCAGGUUUUAGUUUUCCAAUUACUGCUACGCCUACACCAGAAAGUGGAGUAAUAGCAGCACCGCCACAAAUAACAGCUCCAGGAAUCCCACCCCCAACUCCUAUAGCAAGCGAAACUGCACCAGGUGUACCCGUGUCGUCAGAAAAAAAAACUGACUGGACCGAACAUAAAGCUCCGGACGGUCGUACUUAUUACUACAACAGCGUUACUAAACAAUCACUAUGGGAGAAACCAGACGAAUUAAAAACGCCGAGCGAAUUAUUGUUGUCGCAGUGCCCAUGGAAAGAAUAUAAAUCAGAAAAUGGAAAAGUAUAUUAUCAUAACGUAACUACUAAAGAAUCCAGAUGGACUAUUCCUACAGAGUUGGAAGAACUGAAAACUAGAAUUGCAGCCGAAGAAGCUGCAGCUGUUGCAGCUGCAGUAGUUGCAAGUGCUACAAAUACUAUAGUUCCGGUAGCUAUACAACAUUUGUCUCCAAAUAUUAGCACUUUAUCGCAAACAAGUACGCCCGAACCUGGAGGAAAGUCUGCGAUCGAACAAGCUAUGGCCGCGACACUUGCGGCUAUAAAUAUUCCGACACCGCCUACAAAACCAGAUGAAGAUAGUAAUUCCGCGAAGGGAUCAGCAAACGAUAGUCGAACAAGUACACCCGAACCCAAAAUGCAGUUUAAAGAUAAAAAAGAAGCGAUAGAAGCAUUUAAGGAAUUAUUAAAGGAAAGAGAUGUACCGUCUAAUGCUACAUGGGAACAGGCAGUAAAAUUAAUUCAAAAUGAUCCAAGAUAUCCACAAAUGAAGAAAUUAAACGAACGUAAACAAGCAUUUAAUGCAUAUAAAACGCAGAAACUUAAGGAGGAACGAGAACAAGAAAGAUUAAGAUUGAAAAAAGCCAAAGAAGAUUUAGAACAAUUUUUGUUAGAGAACGAAAGAAUGACAAGUACUACUAAGUAUUACAAGUGCGAAGAAAUGUUUGGCAACUUGGAAAUAUGGAGGGCAGUAGGAGAUCCAGAUAGAAGGGAUAUUUACGAAGAUGUUAUAUUUAAUUUGGCGAAACGUGAAAAAGAAGAGGCAAAACAAUUAAAGAAAAGAAAUACCAAACGGUUGGCACAAGUUUUGGAUACGAUGACAGAUGUCACGUAUAGAACCACGUGGCAAGAAGCACAAGCAUUGCUCUUACAACAUUCAGCCUUUGCGGAAGAUGCGGAUUUACUUGAAAUGGACAAAGACGAUGCUUUAUUAGUAUUUGAAAAUCAUAUUCGACAUUUGGAAAAGGACGAGGAAGAGGAAAAGGAACGUGAGAAAAAACGGAGGAAGCGACAAGAAAGAAAAAAUCGUGAUGGUUUCAUUAGUUUAUUGGACGAGCUUCACGAACAAGGAAAAUUAACGUCCAUGUCGCUUUGGGUAGAACUUUAUCCGAUGCUAUCGGCAGAUUUACGCUUUUCAGUUAUGCUAGGACAACCAGGAUCAACUCCCUUAGAUCUAUUUAAAUUUUACGUCGAGGACCUCAAGUCCAGAUUCCACGACGAAAAAAAAAUUAUUCGAGAGAUUCUUAAAGAUAAAAAUUUCGAGGUACAAGUUAAUACCACGUUCGAAGAGUUCGCUACGGUUGUUUGCGAAGAUCGAAAGUCUGCUACUCUAGACGCAGGAAACGUCAAGCUGACGUACAAUUUGCUUCUUGAAAAAGCCGAAGCACGAGAGAAGGAACGUGUUAAAGAGGAAACACGAAAAUUUAAAAAACUAGAAACAAGCUUCAAAAAUUUAUUAAAAACUAUCAACGUCGAUUAUCAAAUGACGUGGGAAGAUGUGAGAAAUAAAUUGGAAGAAGAGCCAGAUUUCAAAGCGAUAACAUUGGAAAGUGAAAGAAUAAGAAUUUUUAAGGAUUAUCAACAUGAGCUCGAAGAAAGUUGUAGUCAUCAUCAUAUCAGGAGUAAGAAGAAGAAAACCAAAAAGAUGAAACGAAAAUCUCGAUCACGGUCUCAUAGCGAGUCCGAAGGGAGUGAGAAAGGAUUGAAGAAAAAACGACACAAAUCGCGUUCUGCAAGUAUCGCUAGUAAAACGGAUAGUUCCGAAUCCGACACAAGAAAGACAAAAAGAAAGAAAAGUAAAAAGAAAAGAGGUCGAAGUCAUUCUCGUUCACAUUCAAGACUACCAUCCUCCGAAGAGUCUCCAGAAAGAAGACGAAAAGAAGAUAAGCAUAGAAGACCGUCCGUUCAUAGCGAAGGAUCUAUUAAUGAAAAUACAGAGCAUCAUGAACUUUCCGAAGAUGAAUUAGAAAAACAAAGAGCACAACUUCUUCGAGAGUUGCAGAUGCAACAAGAAGAUAAUUAAUACGCAGAUCAAAAUAAAAUCAUAUUUUAAUAGUUAAGUAUUUUAAUUAAUAUUCAAAAUUCAUUUUUGAAUAUACAUCAUUAAUUUUCAAUAUGUAAGUACAAUUCUUUAAAAAAAUAUAUAUUAUAUGUAUGUAAGGAAAUAAAUUCGAUAUACCGACUA